ACUGCCUACAAACUGAUGGAGCUGCCUGGUCUCUCCACCUCGGUGGCUAUGGUGCAAGAUGCCCGUCAGCCUUUCCCAACGGUGGAGGUGCCAGACCACGCCCAUUACACCAUCGGUGCUGUUGUCCUGGCGGUGGGCAUCACUGGAAUGGUGGGAAACUUCCUGGUCAUGUUCGCCUUCUGCAAGAGCAAAGUCCUGCGAACGCCUUCCAACAUGUUCAUCAUUAAUCUGGCCAUCACAGACUUCCUGAUGUGCAUCACUCAGACGCCCACGUUCUUCGUCAACAGCAUGCACAAGCGUUGGAUCUUUGGAGAGAAAGCCUGUGAGCUGUAUGCGUUUUGUGGGGCUCUGUUUGGGAUCUGCUCCAUGAUUACGCUGAUGGUCAUUGCGGUGGACCGCUACUUUGUGAUCACGCGGCCGCUGGCGUCCAUCGGGAAGAUGUCCCGCAAGCGAGCCCUGGGCUUCAUGGCAGUGUCCUGGUUCUACUCCAUGAUAUGGAGCCUGCCUCCCUUCUUUGGAUGGAGUGCCUACGUCCCCGAGGGCCUGAUGACUUCCUGUUCCUGGGACUACACGACGUUCACGCCGUCUGUACGGGCCUACACCAUGCUGCUGUUCACCUUCGUCUUCUUCAUCCCCCUCUUCGUCAUCAUCUACUGCUACUACUGCAUCUUCCACGCCAUUCGGACCACAAACAGGGCGGUGGGGAAAAUAAGCGGCGAGAGCACCAAGGACUCUGUCAGAAGGUUUAACCGACUCCAGAACGAUUGGAAGAUGGCAAAAGUGGCCCUCAUCGUCAUCCUCCUGUACGUCAUCUCCUGGUCGCCAUACUCCUGUGUGGCUCUCAUGGCCUUUGCUGGACAUACAGACAAGCUCACUCCAUACAUACAUUCAGUUCCUGCUGUCAUUGCCAAGGCCUCUGCCAUCCACAACCCAAUAAUUUAUGCCAUCACACACCCCAAGUACAGGUCAGCCAUUGCAAAGUACAUCCCGUGGCUUGGCGUGAUCAUGUGCGUACCACAUAGAGACCGCUUCACAAGCAGCAGUUUCAUGUCCACGCGGCGCUCCACCGUCUGCAGCCAGUCUUCGGAUCACAGCAACUUCCACCGCACUGUCAAGCCCUGCCUCUCCUCCGUGUCGGACAGUGAGACUGCAUACACAGAAGCUGACGGGGACGUGACCAGCCUGACUUCUCGUCCCGCCAGCCUGACUUCUCGUCCGGCCAGCCGGCAGGUGUCGUGUGAUGUGACGAGCUACGAGACAGCUGAGCUGGUCAACCUCAGGUCCACCAACUCUGUCAAGGCCAAGAAGCUCUCCCGUUGCAACUCACUCGCCACUGCCGAGAGGACGUCAGGUCAAUCCGCCACAAUACUGAACCAGCAGAGCUGGUCUCAACUCAGCAAUAGUCCCUUAGGAGCAAGAGAUAAGCUUAAAAAGAUACAAGACAUAACAAUGACAAAGGAGGCCAAGUUGAGAUAA